AUGACCGUGUUCUCCGCUCCGCUCCGUAAUCCUUCUUUACCACAAUGGCUUCGAGACUCGCAGCAUGUGAAGCUUGCAGGAAAGCAAAGGUCGCCUGUGAUCAUAAAAGACCGGCAUGUACUCGAUGUGCGAGUAACGAUAGAGCUGGAAUCUGCCUUUACCGAACCACACCGUUUAAGAGAAAAAGAGUGGACAGUUCUACAUCUUCGCAAUCUCCCAGGUAUACUUAAUCAGCUCUGCAGUCGGCUACCCGCGGCUCAGCCAUCUUUCACUCCAAGGAAUAAUCCCUAUCCAAACCCCGGCUUUCUGGGAUCAUCCAGCCAUGUCGCUAUCUUCAACGAAAUUUCCCCGCAAGACUAUCAUGCAUCAGAUACCUACCAUGCCUCUGAGGACCUGACGAUGCUGAUGCAGUCACAGUCCACUGGUGAGAAUAUCUUGCUAAUCCAAGGCGCAGAUAUUCUCAGACAGCUGUUAAACACAUUUCCUUUAGCUGCCAUGAAGGAUUUUGUUACUUUUUGGCUGGCAACGGGAGCGAAUUUAGCUCUGGCAGAGCAUUUUACGGAAAAGUGUACUGAAAAUAUGACGCGCUUAUUCACGUCCUUCUCACAAGAGGACAACUGGCAUUUGGCAUAUGCCCAACGCCUUACACAAAAUUCCCGGGAACCUUUGCUGUUUAGUAGCACAUCCGAUAUGGAAGAUUUCUCUGCGCAGUUUCUCGACCAGAAAUUCAGAUGGGAAAGUUUAGGCAUCUUCCUUUCUGCUGUGACCCGAGCUUCGAUCGAUAUAUCAUUUUUCCCGACAUUGUUCAAAACCGAAAAGGAUCAAUUUAUGCUUCGGAAGCUAUCUACAAAGCUCAGCGAUCUUGCGUUAGAUAUUGCACUCUCGCUAGACUGCUUAAAUGACCUACAGCUAGUUCUACAGUAUGAGAACUUUAUUGUACACACCCAUGUUGAUGGGGACCAAAGCUAUCAUUCAUGGAGUAGACUUGGAGACGUUAUUUCGUCCAUGUUUGCACUCGGUUACCACGAGAAUGUCGAAAAGACCAAGCCACCAAUACCGACUUUUCUUGUGGAAUUGCGAAAGGCGGCAUGGGCCACCACAUAUUCAGCGGACAAGAACGUGGCUAUAUUCCUUGGUCGGCCACCUCGGAUGAGCAAGCGAUUCUGUCAUUUUCAACUACCCAUGACCCCAACAAGUUCGGAUCAGGUUGCGAACACUUCACCCGUCGAAGACGAGGUCGUCAGAUGGAAAAUAGAUACACCGGUCUGUUAUAGUUCCGGUAUUCGGUGGGCGACCCUUUGCGCUGCACUGAAAGAAGAUCUGCUUGAAUUGCUUCGAUCUAAGCAGCGCCCGAAUUUUGACCAGGAAGCUAGCAUGAUUCGGCAAAAAGCCGAAAGUCAAUGGGCAAACCUACCUCCUCGCUUUCGACUUUCGACCGCAUUGAAAGAAUGUUCUGGGGACUCAUUCGAACGCGCUUUUCUGGCUAGCAUACGCCUGGACCAGCUUCAUGUUCUCUUUUUACUUCAACUGUCGCUUCUCAAUACUCUGACCGAGCCCGACCCAUCGAUUCUCGACAUCUCAGAUCAGAUGCUCGCUCUUGUAGUGGAGACGAUUCUUCUGCGAGACCAGCUGGUCAACUCUGGAACGGGACUUGUCUGGAAGAUCGCCCACUACGGACUCCCGGCUGCAGGGAUUAUCCUUCUUUCAAUGCUGAAACAGCACCGCACAUUAACCGAAGGCAGAUCUUCAUGGUCCAAAACAAUACUCAAUCUUGGUAUCUUUGUUGCGCAGGUUCAGGUGGGUAGCGUCGUUCGGCGUGGACAUCCAAACUACGCCUUGAUAUCCAAAGCCACACAAACUAUUGAGAGAUUCCUUGAUUCUAUACACCGUGAAGGGAUACAAACCCCGACACAACUGCCAUCACAUCCAGUGGAGAAUGGUGAUUGGGCUGCAUUUUUCAGCCAGGAUUUGUGUGACUUCGAGACUGACUUUUGGGAGAACCUCGCGUAUCAUCCUUCUUUGUUGGCUUUGGACCCUAGCUUGCCUUCAAUAUAG